UGCCCCACCCUGUGGCCUCUGCGCUUUGGAAUAGAGAGUGGUUGAAAAGGGGGAGAGAGGGGGUGUCGGGGGGCGUGUCUGCCCCUAUAAAAGCCCUGUUUGUCCCCUGACUGAGCUUCAUUCCCCAUCAUGGAGAGUCAGAGAGUCCAGUCGUCCUAUAGGAGGCGUUUCGGCCCCCAGGGUUCGGCCAGUACAGGCGGCGGGGUCAGAAUCAGCAGCCUCUCCUCCAGCCGCGCCUCCUGGCAUGGCAGCCCUCGCCUCCUCACCCACUCCAGCCCCGUGUCCCGGCUCUCCCUGGGCUCAACCAGCACGGCCCUGCUGCUGGGGAGCCCCGCGGACCGGCUGGACUUCUCCGCCGACUCGCUGAUGAAGGCCCAGUACAAGGAGACGCGCACCAAUGAGAAGGUGGAGAUGAUGGGCCUGAACGACCGCUUUGCCAGCUACAUAGAGAAGGUGCGCUUCCUGGAGCAGCAGAACAAGGUGCUGGUGACGGAGCUGAACCAGCUGAGGGGGAAGGAGCCCAGCCGCAUGGGGGACAUCUACCAGGAGGAGCUGAGGGAGCUGCGCAGGCAGGUGGACGGCCUCACCACCGGGAAAGCCCGGCUGGAGAUAGAGAGGGACAACCUGGCUGGAGAUGUGGCCACGCUCAAGCAGAGGCUGCAAGAUGAGAUGAACCUUCGCCAGGAUGCAGAGAACAACCUGAAUGCCUUCAGACAGGAUGUGGAUGAGGCAUCUCUAAACCGUGUCCAGCUGGAGAGGAAGAUUGAUGCCCUGCAAGAUGAGAUUAACUUUCUGAGGAAGAUUCAUGAGGAGGAGCAGCGUGAGCUCCAGGAGCAGGUCGUGGCCCAGCAGGUGCACGUGGACAUGGACAUGUCCAAACCAGACCUGACCGCUGCGCUGAGAGACAUCAGGGUCCAGUACGAAGCCAUGGCCAACUCAAACAUGCAGGAGACGGAGGAGUGGUACCGCUCCAAGUUUGCUGACCUGACGGAUGCGGCCAAUAGGAACGCGGAGGCUCUGCGCCAGGCCAAGCAGGAGGCCAAUGACUAUCGCCGGCAGAUCCAAGCGAUGACCUGCGACCUGGACGCUCUCCGCGGGACAAACGAGUCUCUGGAGCGCCAGCUGCGAGACAUGGAGGACCGCUUUGCCACGGAGACGGGCGGUUACCAGGAUACGGUGAGCCGCCUGGAGGAGGAGAUCCAGGCGCUGAAGGAGGAGAUGGCCCGGCACCUGCAGGAGUACCAGGACCUCCUCAACGUCAAACUGGCCCUGGAUGUCGAGAUCGCCACCUACAGGAAACUCCUGGAGGGGGAGGAGAGCAGUUCUUUCCUCCUCUCCUCCUCCAGGAUCACUGUUCCUGUUCAGAGCUUUGCCAACCUGCAGUUCAGAGAAACCAAUUUGGACACCAAGACCCCAGAGGCCCACGUGAAGAGGAGCAUCAUGGUCCGAACUGUGGAGACCAGGGAUGGGGAGAUCAUUAAGGAAUCAACAACCGAACACAAAGAUCUCCCCUAAAACUCCAGGCUGGCACGCGGCUGCUGGCGUCAUCUUCCUCCUCGGUGACAAAUCGAGGACGUUACCGCAACUUUUUCUCGUCUCCAGACCCCAAAGCUGCCCCGUCGAGGCCCAUCACGUCAUUCCAUAUUUUUUUUUUCUCCUCUCCUUUCAUCAUCAUCAUCAUCAUCAUCCACAAGCCAUGUGCUUUACUUUCACUACUACUGCAGCUUAGGCUCUCUCGUUAGAAUCUGCCAAAAAAAAAGCUGUUGUUUUGUUUUGUUUGUUUGUUUGUUUGUUUGUUUGUUUGUUUUUAUGUACAGCUCCACUGUUAGCUUGAGUAUGGAAUAUAGGCCAGUCGACCUGAGCGCUGCAUCGGCCUAUUCCAGUAACAGCAGACUUGGUAACUUGUCUUUUUUUUUUUUUUUAAUAGCCAAGUGAGACAUACCAGAUUGUUAGUGUUGUUGCGGAAUAGCUGCCCGUAGAUAAAGGCCUUGAAACGUAGUUAUUGUGUUGAGCUAAUAUCAAGGGAAGGGGGGUGCUGACGUCGUGUGGUCGUUGUGUAUGUGAAACGUGGUGAGGAGACUCCAGGAGGUCGAGGAGGUGAGCGGUAGUCAGGACGGGACUCGGACGGGUUGGGCGACUUGUGCAUGUGACGAUAAUUUGGGCAAAAACCACAGGUGAAAGUGGGCUGUUUUUGUUGUUGAUGUUGUUUUUGUUGUUGUUUUUUUAUGAUUCUACCCUUCUCUGGUGCUAUUUUUUUUUUCUUUGCUUCACUCCUCUGUUGCAGCCGCCUCGGUCUGUGUGCUGCUGCAUGUUUAACACACACACACACCCUCCCCCUUCCCUUCCCUUCCCCUCCACAGGCAAAUUUCUGAAGUGUCGGAGUGAUAGCGCAAAUGGACGCAGGGACAGGGGAGGGUGUUGUGGAGAUAACGGGGUGCUCGAUGCGAGCCGGGGUGAGAACUCGCUGUCUCCAUGGCUACUGACCUCCUCUCCACCGCCGCUGAAAGCUUUCUAUUUUACUUUGGCGGGAGGGUAGACAGGAUUUAGGAAGGGCGGAUGUCACGGCACCAGCUCUGUAACCCAGGCCCCUCCUCCCUCGGUGGGAACCCCGCCGACUGAGCCGAGUCGACAGGCCCUGCAGCCUGAUGGGAGCGGCGCUGCGCUGAAGCCGGCCCGUCGCUGCAUCUAUUAAUUGCGUUUCCAUGAGCCUCCUUCCACCACCCUCUCCCCUUUUCCUACCGUUUUGCCUCGUAACACCCUCGUCCUCCCUUGUUUUCUGUGUUUGUUUCUGAAUGUCAGUUCUAGAUAGGUAAAGAUUUCUGACUGCUGGGUCUUGUAGUACAGGCGCAGCUGAGUCAGGCUUUGUUCGAAGGAAAAAAAAAAAAAACCCUGCAGUUACAUGACCUGCGGAUAUAACCUUAGUUUUAA